AGUUCUGUUUAAAACCGCGUGUUGUCGUUCAAGUUUCACUCGUGCUGCUGAUUUCGCUGAAAUUUCACGGAAAUUUCGUAUUUUGUGAUAAUUAUAAAAAACUUCCCGGCGCACCGUCAUGAAGGCCAAGCUGGACGUAAAGAAGGUCAAGCCCAAAAACAAGAAACAGAAGGAGAAGGCCGCCAAGAAGCGUAAACACGAGGAUCUGGAUGCCUCCUCGGAGGACGAGGGAAUUCACCUGAAGGAAACCCGAACCUCGGACGAACCGGUGCCCAAGAAGACCAAAUGGGUUAACAAGCAGCGCGUGUUGGUUCUGUGCGCCCGCGGUAUCAACCACCGGGACCGGCACCUGAUGAAGGACCUGAAGACGUUGAUGCCGCAUCACCGGUCCGAGCCCAAGAUGGAACGCUGGAAGACGCUGUCGGUGGUGAACGAGAUGUGCGAGAUGAAGCACUGCAACAAGGUGGUGCUGUUCGAGGGUCGUCGCAAGCGGGAUCUGUACAUGUGGCUGGCAAAUGCUGGCCAAGGUCCGUCGGUGAAGUUCCUGAUCGAAAACAUCAACACCAUGGGCGAGAUGAAACUAACCGGCAAUUGCCUGCGUGGAUCGCGUCCACUUCUGUCGUUUGAUCAGAACUUUACCAAACAUCCGCAUUUGGCCGUCAUCAAGGAACUGUUGACGCAGAUCUUCGGCGUCCCGAACCACCACCCGAAGAGUCAACCCUUUGUGGACCGGGUGGUGAGCUUCACCUAUCUGGACAAUCGCAUCUGGUACCGACACUUCCAGAUUCUAUCCGAGGACGGGGGCCUUGCCGAGGUGGGUCCACGAUUCGUGAUGAAUCCGAUCAAGAUUUUCGAGGGCUCGUUCACCGGAGAUCCAAUUUGGGAGAAUCCCAACUACCAGAGUCCGGCCAAGCACCGGCAGCUGCUGCGAAAGUCCGCCAAGGACAAAUAUCUGAACAAGCAGCAGCAGAAGGUCGAUCAGGAGGUGAACGCGCCGAAGGUGACGCACGACUUUGAUCCGCACGCGGAGGUGUUCCAGGGUGACGAACAGAGCAAGGCCAAGGAACUGCUCGAGAAGGAGGAACAGCGGGAAGCGCAGGAGCAGGAGCGGCAGGCCAUCGAGGAGGAGCACAAGCGUAUGAAGAAGAAGGAGGAAAUGCGCAAGCUGAAGAAGAUGGCCCAGGCGAAGACGAAGACCGGCAAGAAAGCGUUGACGAAUGGCAAGAAGAAGGCGAUCAAGGCCAAGAAGGCAAAGGCCAAGGUCGAUGAGGACAGUGAGUAGGUGAGGUUUUUUUGUUUUUUCAUCAAGAGCUAAAAAUAUAAUUACAUGAAAUCAA